GUCUGCCGAAGAGAUGCUGAAUGACCCUUCGGCGAACUUCAUGCAUUUUGUCGGCAACAGUUGGGCCGAUCUUUUUGCGAAGUGGGGCGCGCGUCACCAUGAAGUCGGAGAGGUUCUUGUGAACUUCCACAAGAGUAAGCUGCAGGAAGCCAAAGCCUUCGCCAAGGUGUUCGCCUGGAUGGUCCAGGCGGUGGCCCAGAAGUCGGCCCAGCUCUGCCCUCCUUCCUCGGAGCCUCUGAGUGCCCCUGUGGUUAGGCGUGCGGCUAAAGAGCUGGCGAUCACGGCUCAUGAAUUCUGGGUCUGUAAGCGCACGGGUGAGCACAG